AGCAUACUGUACGCAGAACUAGCCCACGUUGCGGACAGUGGCUUUCGUGGCGCCGCCGUAAUGCCGCUGUGAAUGGCUUGUUCCUGUUUCAGCUAAGGCAAAACCAGGAGUGUUGGUAUAGAUGCCUAAGUCCUAUGCUCAAUCACUUUGUACUCCCCUCAAUUUGUUGGAGCAGACAUUCAUCGAUCUACAUUCAACUCGAGCAACACUACCAUCAUGGGUCAAACAGCACUAAAUGCUGAGCCGUUGGCCACCCCUCUCCAGAUGUUGGGAAAUGUGCAAUUUGAUCCCUGAAGCCCCCCAAAGGUUAAAUGUCCAUUCUGCCGCCGGGUCACCACGGUUGAACGGGAGGAAGUCCGUAAAGGCACCGAGCUAUGGAGGAACCUAUGCUGCAUAUUGUCAGCUCCUUUCUGCUUCUGCAGUCAUGCGUACUGCUGGGACUAUGUUGACUUCUUCUGUGCUCACUGCCAUUCCAAGGUGGCGUGCCAGGAGUCUGAGAGAACGGGAUCCGGCCUAG